AACCAUAAAUGUGUUCACAUACUGGUCAUCCCCUGUGCACAUUGGUCGGGAUCCGCAGGAUGGUCACCUGAAAAUUAAACAUGAGAUUUUUACGCCGGAAAAUAGCGAUCAUAGCUGUUUUGGCUUAUGUGAUAUUUUCGUUGUAUGCAGCAUAUAAUGUAUUUUUCAACAAGAGGGUUAUUUCUCGCGUUCAUCGCGUGGUAAAAAAGGGCUAUGUGAUUAUAGAUAAUGGAAAAGGAGGAGAGGAAGAGUGGAACCCAUGGGAAGAGGAUGAGCGUGCGCAUUCCUCAGUUCUGCAGAAGCGGAGAGAUGCCUUCAGAUCAUACCAAGCUCAUGCAGCUAAGAACAGGCCAAAAACAUAUAAAGUUCAGAUCUGGGGCAAAGCUGCGAUUGGACUUUAUCUGUGGGAACAUAUUUUAGAAGGGCAUCUCAACCCACUAGACAAAUCCAGCCAAUGGAGAGAAGGAGAGAUUCAGUCUGGGAAGAUCAGUUUCAGUUUCUACACAGGGCCAGCAGUGGUCCAAGGGCACGUUUCUCUCGACACAGACAGUGUGGUGUUGGUUUUGAAUGGCCGUGAGCAGCAGAAAAUCUCUUACUCCAUCCAGUGGCUGCAGCACGUCCAGGGUCUGGUGCAGAUGCGCUCUGUCUCUCGAGUUGCUGUGGUUCUUCUGGGCAACGAGCAGUGCAAUAACGACUGGAUCAGUCCUUAUCUUAAGAGGCACGGCGGGUUUGUGGACCUGCUGUUUCUUGUGUACGACAGUCCUUGGGUCAAUGAUAAAGACAUCUUCCAGUGGCCACUGGGUGUUGCCACAUACAGGCAUUUCCCUGUAGUCACACUUAGCGGUCAGAUGGUGAAAACUGCUAGACCAUAUCUCUGCAACUUUCUCGGGACUAUGUACAAAAACUCCUCCAGGGAAACUCUCAUGGGCGUCCUAAAGCAGAACGGCUUGGAGAAAGAUUGCCUCCUGCAUGUUAGAGAGAAGUGGCUUCCUCAAGAGACGGCAGACACCUCCAGACAGUACCAGAUGGCAUUAGCACAAAGUGACCUCACUCUUUGUCCAGUGGGAGUGAACACAGAGUGCUACCGCAUCUAUGAAGCCUGUGCCUAUGGCUCUGUGCCCGUGGUGGAGGACGUCCUGACUCCAGGGGCCUGUGCGGUUGGUAACCGGUCCCCGCUCCGACUACUUAAAGAUGCAGGAGCACCCUUCAUCUUCCUCAAGGACUGGAGGGAGCUGCCUGCCAUCCUGGAGAGGGAGAGAGAGAUGAACCAGAAGGAAAAAACAGAGAGGAGGAUGAGAGUGCUGGAGUGGUACAGUGGCUUUCGUCAGCAGAUGAAGGACAAAUUCACAGAGGUGUUGGAAGAUGGCUUUUUCAAAACCACCUAGGAUUAGUUUGGAUUGCUUUAAAGAGACAGUUCACCCAAACAUUACAAUUCAUCACUUCAGUCAUCAUUUAAUCAAUUAUACAUGUGAAAUAUAAGAUGCUACUGUGUGUUCAUGGUUUACCAUAUGCUGCUGUGCAUUAAUGCCCUCCAUGUUUACUGUAAAGUAUUAAUUUAUUAAGUCAUGAUGUUUCAGUGGAAAAAACAGUGCAAAGUUUUAAAAAAAAAAGUUUUUUUAGUUUAUAACCUAGCUGGGUUACAUAGACAUUUUCAUUUUUCUCACUUGAAGGUGUUUUUUGCUUUUAGCUCAGUGCAAGUUAUUAAAAGAACUUCAUUUUACUUUUAA